GUGCCAAGCCCAGCACAGGUGCCCUUGAGGAUAACAUGCACUUGUGGAUCUUUAACAGCAGUGGAGAGGAUACCUCCCCCCCAUUUCUGACCGAUGCAUGGCUUGUGCCCCUCUUUUACGCCCUCAUUAUGCUGCUUGGUCUGGUCGGGAACUCACUGGUCAUCUAUAUCAUCAGCAAGCACCGCCAAAUGCGCACGGCCACCAACUUCUACAUUGCAAACCUGGCUACCACUGACAUCAUAUUCUUAGUAUGCUGUGUACCCUUCACCGCCACACUCUAUCCCUUGCCCAGCUGGGUUUUUGGGGAUUUCAUGUGCAAAUUUGUCAACUAUUUGCAGCAGGUAACAGUACAGGCCACCUGCAUCACUCUGAUGGCUAUGAGUGUUGACCGCUGCUAUGCUACACUGUAUCCACUGCAGUCCUUACGUUACAGAACCCCCCACAUAGCCAUGGCUGUCAGUUUUGCUAUCUGGAUUGGUUCCUUCAUUCUCUCACUGCCUAUGGCUCUAUACCAUCGCACUGAAGUUGGCUACUGGUAUGGCCUGCGCACCUACUGCAUUGAAGCCUUCGCCAGCAAAAGCCAGGAGCGCAGUUUUAUUCUGUAUACUUUCCUGGCUGUUUAUCUGUUGCCUCUGUUCACCAUAUGCUUCUGCUAUUCCAUCAUGCUCAAGCGCAUUGGGAAUCCUGUGGUGGAGCCCAUAGACCAUGACUAUCAGCAGGUGCAACAUCUGUCAGAACGCUCAGCUGCCGUGAGGGCCAAGAUUUCCAAGAUGGUUGUAGUGAUUGUGCUGCUGUUCACCAUUUGCUGGGGUCCCAUCCAGUUCUACUUGCUCUUUCAGGGCUUCUAUCAUCACUUCCAGGCCAACUAUGAGACCUACAAGAUCAAGACAUGGGCCAAUUGCAUGUCAUACGCUAACUCUUCUCUCAACCCCAUAGUCUAUGCGUUCAUGGGAGACAGCUUCCGCAAGUCCUUCAAGAAGGCAUUCCCCUUCCUCUUCCGCCAGCGUGUACAGGACAAUGGCAUGCAUUCAGGCUGCCAUAACGCUGAGCUAAAUUUUGUCGCUUCACCCUGACCUGAAUG